GACGAGUAGAAUUGGUGCCAAUCUAUGUUCCCUGUUUGUUUGUUUUUUCAAGGGAAAAAAUGGAACCCCGAUGCGAUCCCGCGCUCUCCUUCGCGAGAAAUAAACCUCAGCGAAUCCACAUUCACCAAAGACGAUUUUAUCUCAGUUUCAGCGAGAAAGUCCGAAGAAGAUGCUCGCGAAUAUCGCCACUAUCUCGGUAGAGGACUAUGAAGAAGCGGGUCUUGGAGCAAUUGCGGCCCCUGGAAAGCAUUGGGGUCGAAAUAGAUCUCGGUACGGAGCUCGUCGGAGAUCACGUCUUUCAGUCUUGGAAUUACACAUCGAUGUAAUCUGCGUGAUUCUUGACGACCCUGAUAUCACUUCUCACGAUCUCCUCCGACUCGUGAUGGUCAACAAAACCUUUCGUUUAUUCCUUCUUCGCCCAUCGAGUUCGUUCAUUUGGAAGAAUGUCAGGGAUCACCUUCCAAUCAAGACUCCUAAUCCCCAUCCAAGUUUGACGGAGCACACCUGGGCGCAGUUCCUGUAUCGUCCAAAGGCUUGCGAAGCGAGUUUUUCCGAUAACCCACUAUAGUGUCCCAGAUCACGUUGUUGCUGACAUUUUCGAUCAGUGCUGCUCGAAAAUUCUCGAGCCGUUGAUGGGUGAUAUAUGCUACGCGCAACUAUUUGUCACCUGUAGAGACGUGAGUUGUCAGUUU